UUUUAUAAGCGAUGAGGCUCUAUUCAGUUCCCCACUGACAACUUGUUCUUUAUUUUUCACACAACAUGGCGCGUAAGAACGGAUCCAAGCCGAAACAACAAUAUAGGGAUGAUGUGGAGCUUGACGAGGUCGACGCAUUCAGUGCGGACAAGGAAAAGGUGCUUUUGGAGCAAGCGCAAUUUGCGGCUCCCGACUCCAGCGACGAUUCCGAGGAGGAGGUGAUGGGGAUUGACUCUGAAUCCGAUGCGGACGGCAUGGACAGCGAUAUUGAUGCGGAGUACUUUGGCAAAAAAGACGAAGUGGCGGAGUUGGAAGAUGAGGCCGAGCAGGGCUGGGGAAAGAACGCUUACUACGGCGCGGACAACGCCGAGGACGACGAGACAGCCAAGCACAUCGAAAAGGAGGCGAUUCGCCAACAGAAGCAGCACCUCCAGGACUUGAACAUGGACGAUUAUGUGGACGAGGACAUGAUGACGGAGUGGACCAAGACGGAGGCACGCGAAGACGCGGCGAACAAUAUCCUCGCGGGGGCGCAACCGGACGUAUCGCAGAUGGACGUGCAGGCGAAGCUUUCCUUAUUAAAGACACAACACCCGGAAUUCAUCCCGCUUGCGAAGGAGUACCAGGCGUUGAAGCAGGAGCUCCAGAUGUUGGGCCAGGCGAACGUGGUGGAUCGGGUCAGAUACACCGCGUUGUCGACGUAUUUGGGGACGGUGGCGAGCUACUUUGCCAUCUUCAUGGCGCAGGUGCGGGCAGAGGAUGUAUUUUCCAUGAAAGAGCACCCAGUGAUGGAGAGCAUUUUGAGCACCCGAGAGGUCUGGAGACAGGCGAAGGAGUUGCCGGAGUACAAUGAAGCAAUGAUCAUCGAUUCUGAAGGCGAGACCGACGAGUCAGAUGAUUUGGAAGUCAAGAUGUCUGACGAUGGAUCGGAAGCGGUGUCCGGUGACGAAGCGUCUGAAGUGUCUGGUGAAGCGGAAAGCGAAUCUGAUCUCACACUCGACGUUAAGUCCAAGAGGCAGAUCAAACAGCGCAAGAACACCGGGGAUGACUUUGUGGAGGGCGAGAUGGACGACGUGGACCGCGAGGAGAAGCGUGCGCGCAGAAGAACGUUGCGUUUCUACACAUCCAAGAUCGACCAAGCGGCCAACAAGAAGGACGCGCGGUUUACCGGGGACGACGACUUGCCAUACAAGGAGCGCUUGUUCGAGAGACAACAGCGUCUCGUGGAGGAGGCCAGAAAGCGCGGGUUAUCGGACGCCAACGGCGCAGACCUCGAUGACAACGAGUUUAACUCGGACGACGAAAAGGCCGCGAAAACCAUCAACGAAAAGGAGAGCAAUGAUUACUACAGCACCGUCAAGGCCGGCAGAGCCGCGCAGAAGGCGGGCAGAGCCGAUGCGCACACCGCAGCGGUGCAAGCCGCGAAGGCAGGCAAGUUGGAAGAAUUGCAGGAGACCAUUGGCAACGAUGGGAAGCGUGCCAUCAAUUACCAGAUCCUCAAGAACAAGGGACUCACGCCGCACAGGAAGAAGGAAAACAGAAAUGCGCGUGUCAAGAAGAGAAACAAGUACGAGAAGGCCAAGAAGAAGCUUGGGUCUGUUCGCUCAGUCUUCAAGCAACCGUCUAGUUCGUAUGCCGGUGAGAAGACGGGGAUCAAGAAGGGGAUCACCCGGUCGGUCAAGCUUGUGUAAAGGAAAGUCCUAUAUGGAAUGUUGUAUUUUAGCAAAAAAAAACUGCCAGCGCGUAGCUGGGUGUAGGAAGGCGCUGGUGGGUUUGGGCAGCGAAGCACGAAGAGAAGUCAAACGUGACAUAGCUUUACGCUGUAUAUUGAUCUCCCAACUUCGAGAAAUGGGUGACCUAGUCAUAUAAUUGAUCAUUACCAGGCGAAGUCAUGUGCUGACAGUGGUGGUCAAGUAAUAAACUUAUAUAAUUAUAAUAUUGAACGUUCUUAUGCAGG